ACGCGGGGGGCUGCGCAUGCGCGGAGCGGCCGGACCCGCGUCCCUGGAGGAGCAGCGGCCUCAGUUCCCAUUGGAAAAAGUCGCCGGUCCUGCUUCCCUGGGAACGCAGCCGGUCCCGCUUCCCGCUUUUCUGGCAGAGCAGCCGGCCUCGCUUACUUCCCCCUCGGCACCCGCCGCCGCUGAGGGCGACCGUGUGCCGUCUCGGCCGGCCCCGCUGACGCCAGCGGCGCUCCAUUCCUCUCUCCAUUCACUCGCUCCAGGGGUUCGGCCCCGCCUCCCUUCGCCGCCAAGAUGCCGCGGAUUAUGAUUAAAGGCGGCGUGUGGCGGAACACCGAGGAUGAAAUUCUGAAAGCAGCUGUUAUGAAAUAUGGCAAAAACCAGUGGUCUCGAAUUGCCUCGUUAUUGCACAGGAAAUCAGCAAAGCAGUGCAAAGCCAGAUGGUACGAAUGGCUGGACCCGAGCAUCAAAAAGACAGAGUGGUCUCGGGAGGAGGAGGAGAAACUGUUGCACCUGGCCAAGCUGAUGCCAACCCAGUGGAGAACCAUUGCCCCCAUCAUUGGGAGAACUGCUGCACAGUGCUUGGAACACUAUGAAUUUCUGCUGGACAAAGCUGCUCAGAGAGACAAUGAGGAAGAAACUGCUGAUGAUCCUCGGAAACUGAAACCUGGAGAAAUCGAUCCAAAUCCAGAAACCAAACCUGCCAGGCCAGAUCCUAUUGACAUGGAUGAAGAUGAGCUUGAAAUGCUGUCUGAGGCUCGAGCACGUCUGGCAAAUACACAGGGAAAGAAGGCCAAGAGGAAAGCCAGGGAGAAGCAGCUGGAAGAAGCUCGACGUCUUGCUGCUCUCCAGAAAAGACGAGAACUUCGCGCAGCUGGAAUUGAGAUCCAGAAGAAAAGAAAAAAGAAGAGAGGUGUGGAUUACAAUGCAGAAAUUCCAUUUGAAAAAAAGCCUGCCCCUGGUUUCUAUGAUACAUCAGAAGAAAAUUAUCAGUCCCUGGAUGCAGAUUUCAGGAGACUGCGUCAGCAAGACCUGGACGGAGAAUUAAGAUCUGAGAGGGAGGGAAGAGAGCGCAAAAAGGACAAGCAACACAUGAAACGGAAAAAAGAGUCAGACUUGCCCUCAGCUAUUCUGCAGACCAGUGGAGUGUCAGAAUUUACCAAGAAAAGGAGUAAACUGGUGCUUCCAGCUCCUCAGAUAUCUGAUACAGAACUUGAAGAAGUUGUAAAAGUCGGCCAGGCAAGUGAGAUUGCACGUCAGACAGCUGAGGAAUCUGGAAUCACAAACUCAGCUUCCAGCACUCUUCUCUCUGAAUAUAAUGUAACCAACAACAGCAUAGCUCUAAGGACUCCCAAAACUCCAGCAGCCCAGGACAGGAUCCUGCAGGAGGCCCAGAAUCUGAUGGCUCUGACAAAUGUGGAUACUCCUCUGAAAGGAGGUCUUAAUACUCCCUUGCAUGAAAGUGACUUUUCAGGGGUAACACCACAGAAACAGGUUGUUCAGACUCCAAAUACUGUGCUUUCCACACCUUUCAGAACACCCUCUCAGGGGUCAGAGAGCUUAACUCCUCGAGGAGGACUGACUCCCAAACCUGCACUUGGCACAACCCCUGGGAGAACUCCCCUGCGGGAUAAACUGAACAUCAACCCAGAAGAGGGAAUGGCAGAUUACAGUGACCCAUCCUAUGCAAAACAAAUGGAGAAGGAGUCUCGGGAGCACCUGCGCAUGGGGCUCAUGGCCCUCCCUGCUCCAAAGAACGACUUUGAGAUUGUUCUGCCUGAAAAUGCAGAAAAGGAACUUGAAGAAAAUGAGGUAGAUGAAACCUUUGUAGAAGAUGCUGCUGAUAUAGAAGCCCGCAAGCAGGCUCUCCGAGAAGCAGAGCGUGCCAAGGAACUGAAGAGAAUGCACAAAGCUGUGCAGAAGAAUCUACCACGGCCCUCAGAAGUUAAUGAAACAAUACUGAGACCCUUAAAUGUGGAACCACCUCUAACAGACUUGCAGAAAAGUGAAGAACUCAUAAAGAAAGAGAUGAUUACCAUGCUUCAUUUUGAUCUUUUACACCAUCCAUUUGGAGAGCAGUUUACUGGUAAGAAAGGGAAAGGCCCAGGAUUUGGAAGCAACAAUGCAGAGCACAUGGCUUACUUGGAACAAAAUCCCUAUGAGAAGUUCUCCAAAGAGGAUCUCAAGAAGGCACAGGAUCUCCUGGCACAAGAGAUGGAGGUGGUAAAGCAAGGAAUGGGGCACGGAGAGCUGUCAAGUGAAGCUUAUAACCAGGUGUGGGAAGAAUGUUACAGCCAAGUGUUGUACCUGCCUGGACAGAGCCGCUACACAAGGGCUAACUUGGCCAGCAAAAAAGACAGGAUAGAGUCACUUGAAAAGAGGCUGGAGAUCAACAGAGGCCACAUGACCACUGAAGCCAAGAGGGCUGCCAAGAUGGAGAAGAAGCUGAAGAUCCUUCUUGGGGGUUACCAGUCUCGAGCAAUGGGGCUCAUCAAGCAGCUGAACGAUCUGUGGGACCAGAUCGAGCAGGCGCACCUGGAGCUGCGGACCUUUGAGGAGCUGAAGAAACACGAGGAUGCUGCGAUCCCUCGGAGACUGGAGUGUCUGAAGGAAGAUGUGCAGCGACAGCAGGAGAGAGAAAAGGAGCUCCAGCAGAGAUUUGCUGACUUCAUGUUGGAUAAAGAGACUUUUCAAGCAAAGUAUUAAAGCACCAGAUUCCAUCUGUCACUGAUGUAACAUUUCUAAAGUGUGCAGAUACUUCUCCAGCAGCUUUUCCCAGCAGUUGCAGAAAUCAAGUGUAGUCUGCUGUUUCCAUCUUGUCAAGUUUUGUUCCUUCAGUGGACUACUCCAAAUGGUCUAGGUAUGAGUAGCUCUGGCCAGUGUUAAAAAUGGGAUUGAAACGUCCCAAAUUUUAUUGAAAGAAAAGAAAAAUCACUCUGGUAUGAUUUUAGCCAUGUCUUUAUUUGCUAGGGUUAUCACAAUAUUCCUAGUGUUUUAACAGUCUUAAGGCCUGUAAGAUACAUGCAGAAUAAUGUCUUUUGAAUAAACCAGGAAUGUUAAAAAACAGAGAAGUAAUAAUGUCUGUCUUUUAACUAAAAUUGAAUCUUCAUGCAUCCCAGCCCUCCUUUGUGUUUCUGGUCUUCCCUUCCCCCUGCUGCUGCCUUUAUUUUCAUGAUUAAUUUGUAAUAGGAAUUACCUGUGCAGGAUUGUUGUUGUCCAGGUAAUAAAUACCAUGUUCCCAACUCUCCUCUGUGCCUGUGAAUAAACACUCACAGCUUUUAUCAAGGUGGUCACACUGGCAAAACCUCCCCGUCCUGGAACCAUGGUAGGGAUAAGUUUUAUAAAAGACACUCAGCAUGGCCUAAUAGAGACAUAUAUUUCAGCUGAAAAUGUACUGUUAAAUUUUCUGAGUAUUAUUUUUUAUAAAUCAUCUGCUUUGUUGCCCAUGCUGUGGGAUGAGAAAGAAGCUCUGUGUUUGCUCCUCUUCUUUCACCACAUCUCAACAGGAUUUAAUUGUCUCAUUGCUUUGUCCUGAAGGGUAAGGAUGGAAUUAGGGAAAGGCAGGAAUGUGCUUACACUUUGGGUCUUUCAGCUUGUGGAAAAGCUUGGGGGAGAAGGCAAAACUGUUGUUAACAACACAAAAUUCAGCAAUUAAACACAUCCAGUGACAUGCAUCGUGCAAAUUUGCUUGGAUGUAUUUGAAAUUUAAAUGGGGAUUUUGCUGUCUGUAAUUUUACCAGAUUACAGUGUCACUUUGCUCAGGCCUUGGAAAUGUUACCGGGGAACACUGUCAGGGUUGUGGCUGUGUAGCUCUGUCAGUGCCAUCCAUGGAGAUCAAUGAUUAUCAGAUUCUUUCAAAUGUAACCUGGCUUAGUCCUGCUGAUCACUGACAGGAGUAGGGACAUAGCCAGCCUUGGAAUAUCUUUCCCUUUACUCACUAGGACAUCAUUCUUCUGAAGUAUUAAUGCAAUUAUAGACUACAUUCUUCUAGAAAUGUGUUAAAUAUUUAACUGAGCCAGAACACAUCUGGAAUGAAGUAUUAAGGAUCAAUCUUGUAACAUAUGGGGUAUUUUAGCUUGGAUGGUUAUACCCAAAAGGAAAAAUCGUGGCAUAUCAUGUCAGUUCUUGUGGUUGUGUGGUAGCUGGAGAUAUUAACAGAGAAACCCUUGUAGGUUUACCAAUACCACAACUACAAUUGUUUCCUUUCUUUCUAGGGCUGCAGCAGAGCCUCUUUGAUGUGCACUGUGUUUUUGACAGCUUUGGAGCUAGACAGGUAUUCAGACACUGCCUUAAAUUGCUUAAAUGACAAAUUCAGAAGGACUGAUCAGUCACAAAAGACUUUUCUUUCUUGAAAUGCAUGCAAUUAACCAGUCAUUAAUUGCAGCAGGCACGAGCUGGUUCUAUUUGAGAAGUACCUGCAGGAGGUUUGCUCAUUGUUUCUGCAGUAGUUUGUUCACACAACACUUAAGUAAGUUCACAGUUUUCCCUGGCUUUAGUCAGAGUUUUUGUCCUGAAGUUUCUAUCUCAAUAAUGAAAGAAAACUAAUGAAGUCUCUUUCAUUACUUAGAGCUUGGCUGUGCCCUGCUUUAGUUUUUUGCCUGCCCUCAGCUGGCUGCUCUAGGGCAGCCAGUCAUAGAUCUGCUGAAAUCACCUCACAAACUUCACACAGGGUGCUCUGUGCAUUUGUUGGUUCCACAAUGGUGUGAAGGAGCAGCAGAGCCUGGAUAAAACAUCCUGAUAUCAUUCAGGAGUGGGAUCUUAAACUGGAGUGCUUAGGAAGUCUACCCAAGCAAAUUUGGGUGCUGGUAGAUGUCAGUGCUUCCAUCUGCAGGUGAUGAUGGAACUCGGGCUUGCCAGAUCUAUUUCUUGGGCAUAGUUUAUGUCCUAAACAGCGCUCCUUCAAUCUUUCCAAAUGGCUUUGUAGCUAAAUGCAGAUGUUUGGUGGACACAAGAUUGACCAGUGCUCCUUGACAGCAAAUUUUUAUUUUAAAAUUCUGAAGCCAGCCACUGAUUUAUCUUUCUUUCCAAGAACAGUAAUAAGUAUAACCAUAAACAAUGCAAACUUCUGAAUACUUCACUACAGUGGAGAAACUCUAACCUGACUGACAGAGGUGGGAUGGGGGUUGUGGUGUGUGUUAGCAAUUAUUUUGAGGAUUAGUUAACGUUCUCCCCAAGAAAUUCCUCCAUUUCCAUUCAGCAUGCCAAGAUAUAUCUGCAAGCCUUUAAAUAAUUUCAGCUGAUGAUUUUCCUCCCUUCCUGCAAUCAGAUUUGGCAUUUCUGUAUUGGAUCAAUCCCAUAGCUGGAGCCUGCUUCAAAGUCCCUGAAGUUGAUAAGGCUGUCAUUUACUUCAGUUGAGUUGGAUUCAUGUACCUGGGAAAGCCAAGGGUGUCUCAUCCAUACCCGGCAGAUAACAGAGAUCACGAGCUCAGGGUAAGGGGGAGACUCCUCAGAGGCACAGAAGGUUCCCUGUGAGAAAUCCAACAGAGCUGAAGCCAGCUCUUCCAAACAUGGCAAAUCUCCAGGGAAAUAAGCACAGUGUAACGCUGUAAUUAGUCACGGCAGCCAGCACAGCCAAGACACACCAGAGUUCUCUGGCUGCCUUAAAAAGACACUUCCAGCGCCAACAGGAGCAUCUUGUCUUUUCCUGUUGCUGCUUGUUUGCCUUUUGCACCCUUGUUUGCUGGGACAAGCAUUGGGGCAGCGCAUCUGGGGUGAAAUAUGUUAAUCGAGCUUGAUUGUCCAAUCCCCUCUACAAGGCAGUCAUGAGCUGGGCUGCAUUUCCAAGUAGGAAGUGCAAGUGAAGGUUGAAGUGAGGCAGACUAGUGUUCAAAGAGGGGCAGUGGAGCUGGGGAAGGCUCUGGAGCACAAGGAAGCAGCUGAGGGUGCUGGAGAGGCUCAGCCUGGAGAAAAGGAAGCUCAGGGGGGCCUUCUGGCUCUCCACAACUCCCUGGCAGGAGGAGGCAGCAAGGUAGGAUCAGGCUCUUCUCCCUGGUAACCAGUGAUAAGGCAAGGGGAAAUAGCCUCAAAUUACACCAAGGAGGGCUAAACUGGAUAUUUGAAAAAAUUUCGUCAUUGGAAGGGUGAUCUGGCAUUGGAACGAGCUGCACAGGGAAGUGGUGCAGCCACCACCCCUGGAAGUGUUCAAAAACCAUGUGGAUGUGGUGCUUAGAGACGUGGUUUAGUGUUGGGCUUGGCAGUGCUGAGUUAAUGUUUGGACUUGGUGAUCUUAGAGGUCUUUUCCGACAUUAAUGAUUCUGUGAUUGCUUCUGUCAGAGGAUGUCCCACUUCAUUGUCUGCCUAAAGUGAGUGUGAAUCAUGGGCUGCAGUGCUCAGAGGCCAGUAGCUGACAUGAGGUAACUACCCACAAUUAGGUCCUCUGACAGACUCAGCUGGAUCUGUGCCCCUGAUGAAAACGCUGAAAAUUCAUUGUUUUUUGUCAUCAUGGCCUGAACAUAGAUUUCUAAAUAAAAUGCAUCAAAACCGUGUUUGAACUUUUGUUUUGGCUGCAGACUUGCUAACAGUAUCAUAAACCAGUGUGUGAACUUUGGCUUGCCUUCAGUAUCCUCGGUCAGUGAUGUUGCUGGAGAAGAGAGAUUAUUGUGGUCUGGACUUAAUCUGCCUCACAUUCAUCUCUGGAAUCCAGCUUGCAGAUAUCUUCCAUAAUGUGGGUUCAAAGCAACACCUGUCUCCCAAGCAGGAUUUAAAAGUGGAGUAUCAAAUAGCAUUUCCCCCACUUUCCUAGCUGAGUGAAAAGCACCUUGGAAAAUAGCCAGAUACUCAUCUCAAGGCAGAGUGUCCCUGUAACUGAUUCCAGACCUAUGUGCUCUGCCUUUCCAGGGCUCCAGUUUCUACCUUUCCCUACCAACAAAAAAAUACCUGGUUCUGCUGAUCUUGAAGACUUGCACUGACAUUAAGAGUGAGAUCAGAUCCUGAAAAAGAAUUCAAAAGACACAUUUAACACAUAUCUAAGCCAAUGCAGCCCUGUAUCUCCGCUAAAUGCACGCGAUUGUCUCACCCUUUGAAAGUUCCACGCUAAGCCCUUUUGAGACUUGAAGCAAAGGGGAGUAGCUGUGGGUGGAAAAAGAGGAACUUCACGUUUUUGGUUACAUGCAGGUUUUAGGUGAGUCAUCUCCCCUCCAGCAAGCCUCAUUAGCUUUUUAUGUAUUUAAAUGAGGUGGCUUUAACCAAUUCCUGCUGCCUCAGGCAUGACUGUGAUGCAUGCAGUAGGUGAAAAGGUAUGAGCAGUGUUUUACAGCAUCACUUCUGCUGCUGGUGUGAUUACUCAUAGCGGGUUUGAUUGUUUGCCAGUUGGUGGGGGGUGUUGUCUGGGUUUACUGUAAUUUAUUGAGAGAUGCCUUAGUGUCAGGGUUGGAAAAGUCUUGCAUAGGUUUUUCACAGAUCAGAUUAGACAAGCGUUUGCCACAUUCGAUGACUUUCAGGUUUCCAGGUCACAACCGUGGUGCUGAUGUGUUUGGAUUCCUCAAGGAUUUCUCAAAGGAAAUGCAAGUACAUCUUUUAGGAUCACUUAGAGUGCAUCGAAAGCAUUUACUAAUUGCGACACAAGGAAACACAGACUAUUUUAUUAUUUAUUCACUUCAUACAUCACAUCUUUUGCCAAGCACAUGCUACUGGUAAAUGCCUCGAAGGAUCAAACAGAUGUGUGUGUUACGUUCCCCUCUUCUCCUCCUGCUCCUUCUCCCCUCCCAGGACAAAAAUCUGGGGUCUAUUUCGUAUAAUUAUCAGGUCAGUAGCAUUUUUAAGUGUGUUAUGCAGCUUAGGUGAGACUGUGGCACCAGUGAAUUCGAUGGGAGAUUUGGCUUCAGCUUCAAUGGAGCUGAGAUUUCCUUUCCUUUCCUUUCCUGUCUGUAUUUGAUGAGGAUUUCUGUCAAGAGAAGAAAGACAUCCUCUUUUGAAAAAUAGUCAUGAAUGCUUAAUAAAGCUGCACGAACCAGCCAGGAUUACGUUUUUAGCUCUACAGCCAGCAAAAAUCUAUUCCAGAACUAAUUCUGAUUAAAAGAAUCCACUGGUUGAACCUCAGACACAAAGGCACCCCCUGGAGUAAUUCAACUGUAUGAUAGAUUUAUUUUUUAAAAAACUAAUUAUUGCAUUGAUCUUUGUAAUAUCUGGCUCUUGUGUAAAACAUUGAUUUCAAAGCUGUCUCUCUCUUAUCUAUAAUUGUUCAUGAAUUAUCUUAGGG